AUGUAGUUGCCACUUUCCCUAUUACUCCCUCUUGGUAAAAUAAAAAGCCUUGAGAUUGAAUUUGUAAAUUCACCUUAGAACCCUAAUCCCCUUUUUCUCAAUAGACUAAAUCAUUCCAUCAUUCGGUGCAAGAGGGACUGACAAUAGAGGCACGCGGCACCAGAUUAUUUCCAAAUUGAAGCGUCCAAGAGUCCAAAUUCCUCAUUCUCUAUGAGCUGAAGGUAGUUUGCAGCAAAAAAGAUUGAAGCAAGCACUGCGAGAGGAAGAUAAAGUGAGGGUGAAGAGAAGAGAGGAAUGGAAGAGAAAGAUUUCAUUGAAGAGGGUAAGAGUAUGAGUCGAAAGGAGAAGAGGAAGGCAAUGAAGAAAAUGAAGCGGAAGCAGGCAAGGAAGGAGGAGGCUGAGAGGGAGCGGCGGGAGGAAGAGGAGCGCCUGAACAACCCCGAGGAGCAGAGGCGGAUGCAGUUGCUGGAGCAGCAGGAGGCUGAGAGGAUGCAGAGGGAUAUGAUCCUCUUCCGAGAGAGAGAGAAGGCGUGGAUGGACACUGUCAUCACUCAAAAACAACAACAACAACAGCAGCAGCAACAAGAAGACGAGGAUGAUGAAUACGAAUAUGUCGAGGAAGAAGGCCCUCCAGAGAUCAUUUGGCAAGGAAAUGAGAUCAUCUUCAAGAAGAAACAACUCAGAGUUAGGGUUACCGACAGGGACAAACCAAAGCCCAACGAGACUAAUCAAAAUGACCACCAGCAGGAGGAGGAUAAUAAACCUACAUCCAAUCCCUUACCCCCGGAAUCAUUGACACUUGAGAAUGUUGCUCAACAAAUACCCAAUUUUGGAACUGAACAGGAUAAAGCUCAUUGCCCUUUUCAUCUAAAAACGGGAGCUUGUCGUUUUGGUAUACGCUGUAGCAGAGUCCAUUUUUACCCUGAUAAGUCGUCCACUCUUCUUAUCAAAAACAUGUACAGUGGUCCUGGCCUUGCUUGCGACCAGGACCAGGAUGAGGGCCUUGAGUAUACAGAUGAAGAGGUUGAACGCUGCUUUGAAGAAUUUUAUGAGGAUGUUCACACAGAGUUCCUGAAGUUUGGGGAAAUUGUGAACUUCAAGGUGUGUAAAAAUGGUUCAUUUCACUUGCGAGGAAAUGUCUAUGUACAGUAUAAAUCGCUUGAUUCUGCUCUGCUUGCUUAUAACACGGUGAAUGGUCGCUACUUUGCUGGGAAACAGGUAAGUUGUCAAUUUGUUAACUUGACACGAUGGAAGGUUGCCAUAUGUGGCGAGUAUAUGAAAUCAGGUUUCAAGACUUGUUCUCAUGGAACAACAUGCAAUUUUAUCCACUGUUUUCGUAAUCCCGGCGGAGACUAUGAAUGGGCCGAUUCUGACAAACCUCCCCCGAAAUUUUGGGUAAAAAAAAUGAUCGCUUUAUUUGGUUAUUCUGAUGAUUAUGAGACUUCAAUGGAGCAAGGAAAUAUGAGUUUGUCAAAAACAGAUUCUGACAGAACGUGCCACUCUAGAAGAAGGUCAAGAUCUAGGGAGAUGGAUCAGUUAAAUUGCGGUCAUUCAGGUAGAAGAAAACAGCGAGAUGAAAGAAAGCAUAGAACUCCUAAUGAGGAUUGGAAUGGCAGCUUUAAAAGGAAAUCGAGAGGCAGAACUCCUGAUUCCGGUGCUGUUUCUGACAGGGAAUGGUUAGAAAAAGAGGAAAAUAGGGAAACACACCAUGAAUACACUAUGAAUAGCAGACGCCAUGAAGAAGAUUCUGAUGUGGAAUGGGUUACUAGGGACAACGAAAAACAGCAUGGUAGAGAAGGAAGAAACUCAAGAAAGCAAAACAGAGAUGAGAAAAGGCACCAUAUUAGCAAAAGCAAUUAUCAGGGUGGCCGCGAUGCUUCUGAAUCUGAGAAAGAUUUUCUUGGUAGAGGAGAGAUGGAAACACAACAUGAUUAUUACUCUAGGAAAAGCUCAAGAUACAGAAGAUCAGGUCUUGAUGAUGAUGACUAUAAAUACCAUGAGAAUGAAAAUGACAAAGUUGAUGGCGGUUGGUCUCGGAAGGACAGUUACAAGCGAGAAGAGCAUCAUCACAAAAAGAAGAGAUCAAAACAUUAGUAGAAAUUGAUUCCAUCAAUGGUUAGAACUCAAGUGGGGGCAGGCAUCAUAGAAACAAGGGAGGUGAUAAUCAAUUGUUAAUUUGUUACUCACUAUAAAGAUACUGGAUCUCGUAUCAUAUUUAGAAGAUUGGUUGACCUUAGUAUUGGUGGAAAUAAAUAAAUAAAUUGAAUGAAAA